UGCUCUCGGCCUCUUUUGCCCGAUGCCGCUCAGCUGUGAGUUGAGGCCCUGACUCCCUUCCCACAGAAGGAAGAGUCCCUUGUCUCUGAAGAUGAACUCCACAGACCCUCUUCAGGACGCUCCCAACGCCACCUUGCUCCACGCACGUCACUCGCACGGAGGAAACAGCACCGCGCUCCAGGGGGGCCUGCAAGACCUCAUCCACACCGCCACCUUGGUAACCUGCACUUUUCUUCUCGCAGUCAUCUUCUGCCUUGGCUCUUACGGCAACUUCAUUGUCUUCUUGUCCUUCUUUGACCCAGCCUUCAGGAAAUUCAGAACCAACUUUGAUUUCAUGAUCCUGAACCUGUCCUUCUGUGACCUCUUCAUCUGCGGAGUGACAGCCCCCAUGUUCACCUUCGUCUUGUUCUUCAGCUCAGCCAGUAGCAUCCCAGAUGCCUUCUGCUUCACCUUCCACCUCACCAGUUCGGGCUUCAUCAUCAUGUCCCUCAAGACAGUGGCGGUGAUCGCCCUGCAUCGGCUCCGGAUGGUACUGGGGAAGCAGCCCAAUCGCACAGCCUCCUUUCCCUGCACCCUGCUCCUCACCCUGCUUCUCUGGGCCACCAGCUUCACUCUUGCCACCUUGGGCACCCUGAAAACCAGCAAGUCCCACCUCUGCCUUCCUAUGUCCAGUCUGAUGGCCGGAGAAGGGAAAGCCAUUUUGUGUCUCUAUGUGGUCGACUUCGCCUGUUGUGUCGCUGUGGUAUCUGUCUCUUACAUCAUGAUCGCUCAGACGCUGCGGAAAAAUGCCCAAGUCAGAAAGUGCCCCCCUGUGAUCACAGUGGAUGCUUCCAGACCACAGCCUUUCAUGGGGGCCCCUGGAAAAGGGAGUGCAGAUCCCAUCCAGUGCACCAUGCCAGCUCUCUAUAGGAACCAGAAUUACAACAAACUGCAGCACGUUCAAACCCAUGGAUACACCAAGAGUCUUAACCAGAUGCCUACCCCGGGGGCCAGCCGGCUGCAGCUGGUCUCCGCCGUCAAUCUCUCCGCGGCGAAGGAUUCCAGAGCGGUGGUCACCUGUGUGGUCAUCGUGCUGUCGGUCCUGGUGUGCUGUCUUCCCCUGGGGAUUUCCUUGGUGCAGGUGGUCCUUUCCAGCAACGGGAGCUUCCUCCUUUACCAGUUUGAACUCUUUGGAUUUACCCUUAUAUUUUUCAAGUCGGGGUUAAACCCUUUUAUAUAUUCUCGGAACAGCUCAGGGCUGAGGAGGAAAGUGCUCUGGUGCCUCCAGUACGUGAGCCUGGGUUUUUUCUGCUGCAAACAGAAGACUCGACUUCGAGCCAUGGGAAAAGGAAACCUGGAAAUCAACAGAAACAAAUCCUCCCAUCAUGAAACAAACUCUGCCUACAUGUUGUCCCCAAAGCCCCAGAAGAAAUUCGUGGACCAGGCUUGCGGCCCAAGUCACUCGAAGGAGAGUGUGGUCAGUCCCAAGAUCUCUGCCGGCCACCAGCACUACGGUCAGAGCAGCUCCACCCCCAUCAACACUCGGCUGGAACCCUACUACAGCAUUUACAACAGCAGCCCCUCCCAGGAAGAGAGCAGCCCGCCCAACUUGCAGCCGGUCAACUCCUUCGGGUUUGCCAGCUCCUAUAUUGCCAUGCACUAUCACACCACUAAUGACCUACUGCACGAGUAUGACAGCACGUCGGCCAAGCAGAUCCCAGUGCCCUCUGUGUAGGGGCGUGGAGGCUGGAGACUCUUGUGGGAGGAAACUGUUUUUGUUUCUGAAUCCAGUUGACUUCUUUUUUCCGCACUUCUGUGAGACCGCGGUAGGUGAAAACUUCCAGACUCAGUGGAACAGUUGGCAGUUCUGAUUUUCUCCUGUCUGAAGCAUCAGCAUCUAUUGAUUUGCUUUGUGAUUUCUUGACAUUUGAAGAUUUGGUGUAAAAAUUGAUUAUUUAGAUUUUUACCCUGACCUGCGCUCUGAUCUUUUGUACUAGACUUUUUAAGUAGAUGCCAGGAGUGAUCACGCUAAUGUACUGAAGGAGAACAGACUGAGUAAGAUCAUUUGAGUCUGUGUUCUCGGUCUUCGAAGUAUGCCUGAGUUGGAUUUUUUUAAACAAUGUGAAGAUAUGAUCUUCACUGAGGCAAAUUUUUUAUUAACUGAACUAUAAAUUUGGAUUCGUUAAAGUGUUGCAAUGGGGAGCAAUACACUUUUUUGGUAGUAGGCUUAUUUGAAUAAAUAAUAGAUUGUCAAAGCAGAAAAUCAGAAAUAUAUUGUCUAUAAUUACCUUUACCCAAGGCACACAGGCAUUAAGUAUUUCCUUUUCAUAAGACAGUCAACCAAGAAUACAGUAUUAUGAUUAUUACCUUAUCUUAUUAUGGACAUUAUUAUUUUGUGCAAGUUAACUAACUGUAUAGCUUUUUAUUAAAAGAAAAAAAUUUUAAUGUUUUUUAUUUAUUUUUGAGAGACAGAGAGAGACAGCAUGAGCAGCAGA